AUGGCUGAACCCAUCUCGGUCUCGGCAUCCUCCGAUGAUACUCCAAUCCAACGUGAAAAACGGAUUUGGUACCGCACGACUCUUUUCAAUGCCUUUAUUAUUGGCGGUGUGGGAUUUUUGGCGCCGGGAUUAUGGAAUGCGAUGAAUUCUUUGGGUGCUGGUGGUGCGGAAUCACCAUUCCUGAUUAACGCGGCCAAUGCCCUGGUUUUCGGUCUUAUGGGAUUUCUGUGUAUCUUUGGUGGACCAAUUGCGAAUCGGAUUGGAAUGAACUGGACUUUACUUCUUGGUGCAGUUGGAUAUCCCAUCUACUCGGCUGCGUUGUAUACCAACAACCGAUAUGGAAAUGUUUGGUUUGUGCUAGUUGGUGCAGUCGCCUGUGGUCUAUCUGCGGGUCUUUUCUGGGCCUCUGAAGGUGCCGUGGCACUUGGCUACCCUGAGCCUGCCAAGAGAGGCCAAUAUAUGAACAUUUGGCUUUGGUUCCGAACAGGUGGUCCUCUUGUUGGCAGUGCUAUUGUGCUUGGACUCAACCACUCUGCUGUUUUCAAGAAGAAAGGAAAAGUCGGAUCUGAAACCUACCUGAUCUUUGUCUCCUUGCAAUGUCUUGCUAUCCCUUUUGCAAUUUUUCUCACUCGGCCUGAGAAGGUCCAGCGUAGCGAUGGCAGUGUCGUGAAAGUCGUCAAGCAGGACUCAUGGCGAGCUGAAAUGGUUGAGCUCUGGAAGGUUACUCGUCGCAAGGAUCUCCUUCUCUUGUUGCCUGUCUUCUGGGCUGCCUACUUUAACCAGUACACCGGCAACUUUGAGACUUAUUACUUCGGAGUUCGCGCACGUGCCUUGAUUGGACUGGUCUCUUACAUUGCCGGUCUUCUCUCUUCUUGGAUUAUCAGCAGAUUCUUGGAUUAUCAAAAGAUGCCGGUCAAGGCUAGAAUCACCUACAGUUUCUACUAUGUGAUUGUGCUUCACAUCAUUGCCUGGGUGUAUGGCUGGGUCGUGCAAGAGCAAUACACGGCAAACCCACCUUCACUCGAUUGGGCAGACAAAGGCUACGUCAAGGGCAUGUUCGUGAUUAUUCUUUGGCAAUUCUCUCAACAAUCCUUGCAAAAUUGGCUUUACUACCUGCUCUCAACAAUGACCGACAACAUCUCGGAACUAUCUCGUCUUUCUGGUAUCCUGCGUGGCCAAGAGAGCUUUGCUCAAGCCGUGUCCUUCGGACUCAACACUCGGGAUUGGUAUGGAGGAAGAGUUCCUCUUGCAGUCAACACAAUCUUGCUAGGUCUUGCCGUUGUGCCAACGUGGUUGGUCGUUAAUAGCCACACCCCUAUUGAGCACAGUAGGAACGACGAACUGAACAACGAAAGCAAGGAUGAAGAGAAGGCCACCCUUGAAAGCAGCAGUUUGAAGGCAAAGGAAAUCAUCGUUGCCGGAAAGGCGGUGGAGACAGAAUGA